AUGGCAGCAAAGAUUCGUGUUGUUCACUGUGGUUCAGGCCCAACGGGUCGGGUGACUCUGAAAGCUCUGUUGAACCAUCCAAACCUGCAGUUAGUUGGUCAGCUGGUAUUCAGCCCUGAAAAGGAUGGCAAGGACACGGGAGAAAUCUGUCAGCUUGGGCGAGACGUCGGGGUGGCUGCUACGCGCGACAUCGAUGCCUUGAUAGCGACCAAGCCUGACGUGCUUACUUUUGUCGGCAAUGGGAACGAAAAAGACGCGACUGUUCGCACUAUUGCUCGUUUUCUCGAAGCCGGGAUUAACGUGAGCACACCCUGUCUGUUCUGGAUGGUGGAACCCACCACCGCUCGCCAGAAGAACCCGGGGGCAAACACGACCGAGGACGAGUCGAUCCGCAUUAUCGAAGAAGCUUGUGCGAAAGGGCGCAGCACUUGCUUCCUCACCGGAAGCGACCCUGGAUUCUUCAGUCCCUUUCUAACUGUCGCCCUACUGAAGGGAGCGGAUGAGAUUAACCAGAUCCGUAUGCAGGAACUGGGGAACUAUGCCUACCACGACGUCCCCUGGCUGUCCGAUGUCUUUGGCUUUGGUCAUCCCAGAGACUUCAAGAGCGUCAUGUCCCAGGGGACGUUCGUCAAACAUGCGUGGGGAGGAACUAUCAACGCCGUUGCCAAGGCCUUGAAGAUUGACAUGGACGAGAUACGGUUCUUCUUCGAGAAUGCUACGCACGACCAGACGCACGAGACCCUGUGGGGUAUUGUUGGGGCAGGAACUGUUGCAGCUGUCCGUGUUGGGCUCGAAGGCAUCUAUCGAGGAAAGCCCUUUAUCAUCCUUGAGCACAUCACCAGGACAUGCAUGGAAGCGGCGCCACAUUGGCCUCAAGCACAUGGCGGUGAUAUGGACAAGAAGAAGCUUCGCCACGAGUACACCGUCCUCAUCAAAGGGGACCCGGACUUCGACUGCCGCAUUGCGAUGAGCGAAUCCAGGGCUGGGGACGAUGCCGGUCUCUAUAACACCGGAGCCCUGGUCGUGAACGCCAUCUCAGCUUUGAUCAACGCCCAGCCAGGGGUGCUCAACGACAUCGGUCUCCCCCUGGAGGUGACACGCAACAUCAAGGUGUAG